AUGGAUAGCUUUGAACUCACCUUCGCAGGCUUUGGAGCGAAGAUACAGUCCCUACGUACAGCCGACAUGAUACGUGAGUUUCAGCUGCAAAAACAUGAGCUGGCUAGGACACAAGAGCUGCAGUUGUUGUACCAAUCGGCAGUCUCAUCCGGGAAGAUGGUGCCGGAGAACAGAGAGCAGGAGCGGGCGGCAAGUGUGGGUGUGAGUGUGUGCCAC